CAAGGUUGACCACCUGUCGAAGAUUUGCUCAAUGCGCUACGCAAAAGUAAAUAACCUAGCCAGUUUUUAUACUCUGUGGUGUGGCCUUGCGAACGCUGUGAAUGUUGAUACCUAAUCAAAGCCCAAUCAGAAGAUUUAUUAUGAUUCAAUAAAACAGAUGAGAUAUUCAACGACACGGCUAUAAUUUAUGAAUGAACCAACCUUUAAAGGUUAUUGUUAUUCAGUUUUGGUAAAUUUAUUGAGCACUAUUCGAUGUCAGUCAGUAAUAAUUAACUCGUACACAUUCGAAGUUAAGAUCAUAUCACAUGAUAUGAAGCUUUUUAUUCUCGUCUCGUAUGUGCUUGAGUACUCCUGUCUUUAUCUAGCGGAUCUCUAUGUUAUAAUCCAAGGAUAUAUUGUCAGUCGCUAUCACACAAAGCAUUUAACAAUGACUGUUACUAGUUUAAAGAGAGUUCUCCAAAUAAAAAAGACUACCCAAGCAGAUGAAAAAUGAGGAAACGGAAGAACAAAGGCAGUGUAGUAAUUUGAAGGAGAAAGUCAUGGUAGCGUUUGGCCCCAGUAGCACGUGACCUUCAAACGCCUGCUACACAAUUGAAGGACUUCUGUCUAUUUGUUCAGGAUAGUAUAGGCAAGGAGCAGUGCGAAAUAGUUAGUUCGUCGAACUUAUCCACAGGUCUAUCGGGAUUAUGAUAUAUUUGUUACUUAAUAUGCAGAAUUAUUAUUUAUUAAUCAGACAAAAUAGAAAGUUUUUGAUCGUGUGUACAUGUUUACUGACUAUCAUAUUUCUUUACAUAAUUAUUUCAUUGUGGAAUCCAUAUCCAUCUGUAACAAGUCAUGGACUUACAUCUGUAGAUUAUUUAACGAGAAAAGUAAUUCCCCAUCAAGAAAACAAUGGAAAUUUACUUCUAAAUUCAGCAUUUACUUUACCAUUUCUUAUUGAUGAAUUAAUGCGUAUCAAUCACUCUGUUCAUGAUGAAUUAAUUGAUUUACAUCAAAGACGUAAAGAAUUGGUGGACACUAAUACUGUCCUUCAAAAUCAAGUGGAACGUUUACGAUCUAUUCUUGUAGAACAUUCAAGGCAAAUAAUACGUCUCCGAGCCACUUUAGAUUCAUACAAACAAACUAUUUCAGAUAAUACUGCAUCGUCAGUUGUAUUUUAUUCCAAAUGGCCAGUUGUUUAUCUUAAAUUAAAUGAUGAGAGUAUAAAUUAUCCUUCUGUCACAAGCUCAUCAAACGAAUUAUGCACCAUAGAAUCCUGUAUCAAUUGGAAUCGGUGUCGAUUUAUAAGGUUUUUAAAGUUUUGCACUGAUUAUUAUGGUUCAAAUAAUACUAUAUCAUUUGACAAAUUACUACAAAGUUCUCCACAUUUUACUGAAAGGUGUAAUAUUGAAAAUAAUUCAUGUUUAAAACUGACUUUCGGUGUUGAAGGUGCUCAAAAAUGUAUAGAGGAAUCUGAACUGACAUCAACAAACUUGCCAACCUGUAUAGUCUUGUUUUUCAAUGCAUUGGAACUUGAUCAGAUAUAUCGGAAAUACAAUUAUUCAACAAAUCAUCUUAACUUCCUACUGGUCGCCUAUUCAUUUCCUGAAAACACAUUUCGCCGAGGAUUCGAUUUCUUAUUGCCAAUAAAUUACGAUAUUUUAUGUAAAUACUCGAAAAAAAUUUGCUCUAUUUCUUCACCUUUGAGUUUACUACCAGGAAGACGUUCCUUAUUACUCAGCUUCAAUGUUGGGAUACUGUCCAAAAGUCGUCUUGCUCAAAAUCACUCAUCAUUGGAUAAUUUAGUUAUUGAACACUUGAAAAUGUUGGAUAACGAUAGUCAUAAAAAGAAUGAGUCAACCUCUUUUAUUUCCAUAUCAAUUAAUAAAAAUUCCAAUGAACUGGAAAGUUGUUGGUCUAAUAAAUAUAAAGAAUUCUUAUCACGAAAUUCCCUAUCUGACACUGAUUGGUUUCCAUGUGAAGAUUCUUCAUCACUUCUUCGCAAGUCAACCUUUGGAUUAAUAAUGACUGGUGCAAAGAAUUCGUAUUUGAGUUUAGGAUUACGAAUUCAGUUGAUUAACUGUUUAGCUAAUGGUGCUAUUCCUGUGUUUAUUGGAAAUAACGAUAUAUAUUCUGAUGAAGCAAUCAACUCGGAGUUAUUGUCUAAAGUUAUUAUACGCGUUCCUAGACCUCGAGUCGAGGAACUUCCAGCUUUACUUCAAUCUUUACCUGAAGCGCAUAUCGUUGAGAUUCGCCGACAGGGCCAAAUUUUAUUUCAACGUUACUUAAAAGAUAAAUCAUCACAACUUACCACUUUAUUGUUAGCUGUUAGUCGACGUCUUGGUUUUCCCCAACCUCCUGCUCCUCAAUGGUCAAGUUUACCGGUUUAUAAGGAGUUUCAACCACCAAAACAGUAUCCAAUACAUAAAGAGAAUAAUUUUCAAGUUGAUUUAGAUGAUUUCCUCGGUCCAAUCGGACCACAACAAUCUUCUCUUAGUUAUCAAUCAAAUUAUACAGGUCCUGGUGGAUCAGCUCGAUUGGCUAGUGUAUCUUUUUACGGUGGGAUUAGUGACGUGGUUAAUCCAUUAUGGUUAUUUCCUUCAACACCAUGGGAGCCCCCACUUCCAUCAGAUGCUGCAUUUGUACCAUAUGGUUCUACAAAUCAUGGAUUAAGACCAAUUAACCAUACUAUAAAUCUUGCGGGAUAUGAAUUCAAUAUGAAUUUAGGUGGAAUGUAUCCAUAUGAACAGUUUACGAUUGUAGUCCUUACUUAUGACCGGUUUAAUUUAUUAUGUCAAACAUUAGAGAGCUUUCUAAAUCUUCCAUAUUUGCAUUCGAUUUUGGUUGUAUGGAACAAUCCUGUUCCACCCAAUCCUGAUCUUAGCUGGCCGCAAUUGCAUGUUCCAAUUAAAGUUAUCCGUAGCCAAAAUAACAGUUUGAAUAAUCGAUUUUUGCCUUAUGAUUUAAUCGAAACUGAUGCAAUACUAUCUAUUGAUGAUGAUAUUCAACUACGUCAUGAUGAAAUUGUCUUUGGAUUUCGUGUUUGGCGUGAACAUCGUGAUCAGUUGGUUGGUUUCCCAGCACGAGCUCAUUUUUGGAAUGGUUCUGAUAGUUCAUGGUUUUAUAAUUCUGAUUAUAUGUGUGAAUUUUCAAUGAUUCUCACUGGAGCUGCAUUUUUUCAUAAGUAUUAUACAUUUGCUUAUACAUGGGAAAUGUCUCCGGACAUUCGUAACAUGGUGAACAAUUAUUUCAAUUGUGAAGAUAUAGCAAUGAAUUUUCUUUUAGCACAUAUAACUAGAAAACCCCCCAUCAAGGUUACACUCCAUUGGUCAUUUGAUUGCGUUUACUGUGGUUCUACUUUACACGACCGUUCAGAUCACUAUGCUGCUCGUUCCCGCUGCAUUAACUGGUUAACAAGUCAUUAUGGAUACAAUCCUCUCAUGUACAGUCAAUACAGAGCUGACUCUGUAUUAUUCAAAACACGUAUUCCACUCGGUAAACAAAAGUGUUAUAAAUACAUAUAAUACUUCGUAUUAUUUAUCAUAUUAAGUCAUAUGACACAUUCUCGAGGAUUGUUUAGAUCUAGUUGCCUUGCGGAUACUGCAGAUUUUUCCCGUGUUUUGAGAGAUCAUAUAUUAAUGCAAGUCCCCACUAAGAACCAAAGUAAUGUUUGUAUCGCCUAGCUUUCUCUUUUUCCUCAUGUGUUAAAAAUGCGUUUCUCUACCGUUGUAUAAGACUUUCGCUUCUAAGUGUCAGCAUAGGGUAAGAAGUAGGUACACAUUACGUUUUCUAGCUGCGAUACAGAUAACUGUGAAGAUAUUUCAAAUCCUGUUAACAAGUCAAUCAUGUUUCAUGAACAUUGAGAUUUUGUGCAAUGAAAAUUAGUAAGACGGGAAGUAAAAUAAAGUCAUUCGGAUGGGAGUACAGAGAUAAGUGGUCACAUAAAUGAUUUAUGAUGAGGAAACGUGGUUUAUUAGACGGUAUGUACCUCUUUCAGAGUUAUGUAUUAAAGUUACCAGAUACAACGUUGAAGGUCGGUCAGUCCAUCUGCUCUUCUAGUCACUCAGUUUCCACCUCGUUUGUCCUAAGAUUUUGCACACCAGUCCCAUUGAUCUUUAUGAAUUCAGCCUUAGGCUGUUUUGCAAAAGCAGUGGUACAAUGGAUGUCUUGCGUGCCUACCGAUUUCUCUCGAAGAAACAUGUUAGGCAAGUCGUGCCGAUAUAUCAUUUCGGAUAAGACAUUUCUUUUUUACUUUGAAGAGAUCAGAAAGGGCUUUGUGGAGAUUUCAUAGUUGAAAGUGUGAGUCAAUUGAAGCU